GGGUGUGAAAUUAAAACAGAUUACGGACCUUUAUUGCACACGCUGGCUGAGUUUGGAUGGCUCCUGACCUGUGUCCUGCCUACACCUAUCGUACGACAUGACAGUGAAGGAAAUCUGGCUACAAAGCAAGUUGUUUUUCUUCAGAGACCUGUUAUGUGGAAUUCUGCUGCCCAGACACCAGAGAAGAAAUCCUUAAGACAAGUUACUGGGGAGGAAAAAGGCAAAGUCUCUAGCAGAAGUGUUGGAUUAGACACAGCAACUUCUCGCCCUGUAGAAAUGGGACAACCACCUGAUGAGUUUCACCUGUCUCCUUCUAAACAAUGUUGGAUCAAGGAGGGAUCCUCCCAGUAUGGAGGCUUUCCAGGAUUCAGCAGCAGUGAUGGAGUAUUAAGGGAACUGGAUGAUGGACAAUUUGACCAGGAAGAUGGAGUCACUCAGGUCACGUGUAUGUGAUAAAGUAAGUAACUGCAUCAGAUGGACAUGUACAUAAUUCACACAAAUGUGGGGUUUUUUUUUAAAAAAAAAAAUGAUACUACUUUAAAUGCAUUGGUAUAAUCCUAUGACUUUUCCCAGACUCAUUUUGUAUUUUUGUCUGUUUCUUUGUUGUGUUAGUCCUACUGUAGUAAUAAUACUACUGCAAAA